CUUGAAGCACCAAGCUAGUUCACAUUGAGCUAGCUCUUAGCCGCAGUCUGAAAAGCGCCUCACGGAUCAUCUCCGUGUUUUCGGGGUUCACCUCCGUCUCAGUGUUUUCUUCUUUCUCCGGGAACAUGGCUCUGCUGACGCCGCUGCUCGCCUUCUUGUAUCACCUGCCGCAGGUGUACAAAUGGCUGCUGAAGCCAUAUUAUGUGGCGUCUCUCUUCAUGUCUGUAGCCUUCCUAGCUGUCCGCAAGACGCCCGGCAUCUGCGACAAUUUGGACACUCAGCGGGAGGACGGCAACUCCUGCGACUUCGACUGGAGAGAAGUGGAGAUUCUCAUGUUCCUCAGUGCCAUCGUCAUGAUGAAGAACAGACGAGCGAUAACUGUGGAGCAGCACGUGGGAAAUAUCAUCCUGUUCAGCAAAGUGGCCAAUGUCAUCCUGUUCUUCAGACUGGACAUCAGGAUGGGAUUGCUCUACCUGACACUCUGCAUAGUGUUUUUGAUGACAUGUAAGCCUCCUCUGUACAUGGGACCAGAGUACAUCAAAUACUUCAGCGACAAAACCAUUGAUGAUGAAUUGGACAGAGACACUCGUGUGACCUGGAUUGUGGAGUUUUUUGCCAACUGGUCUCCAGAGUGCCAGUCCUUUGCUUCUGUCUACGCGGACCUUUCCCUCAAGUAUAACUGCACUGGCCUCAAGUUUGGCAAAGUGGACAUUGGGCGAUAUGGAGAGGUUUCCAAGAAGUACAAGGUGUCAACAUCUCCACUGUCCAAGCAGCUUCCCUCUCUGGUUUUAUUCCAGGGAGGGAAGGAGUUGAUGCGACGCCCCCAGGUGGACAAGAAGGGGAGAGCUGUAUCCUGGAGCUUCACUGAGGAGAACAUCAUCCGGGAGUUCAACCUGAAUGAACUCUACCAGAAAUCCAAGAAACUCAGCAAGACAAAAGAAGACAAGCUGAGCCAGUACAAGUUCCCACCAGUCCCUGAGGAGGAGGAACCAGAACUGCAAGGAGCUGACGACCACAAGGACGAGACUGAGUCCAAAAAGGACAAAUAAGACGGUUAAAUAAGACAUAGCUCAGCUUUUGGAACCAGUGAGUCCAGAUCAGCUCCUCUUCGCUCUCUCCUCUUCUGUGUUCAGUGUGUUCACUCAUGAGUCAGUGUGGAUCACUGACUGAGAUGGAGGUUUAAUGAGAAUUAAAAUGAUCACAGUACUUAUGCCUCUGUUCAGCUCCAUUUAACACUAAACCUCCUUUUAACCCUGUGAUUCGCCACAUGUGCAGCUACAGUGACCCUGGUCUGUUUCCCCUGAUUACAACUGAAACAGUGGACACUUAAGAGGAGAAGCAAACUGAGAUCGAGUAAACCACCGUUUGAAGAGUGACGCUGUGAAGUGCUUUAAUAACCCAUGUGCACCUUGUUGUUAAAGUGUGCUCAGCACAUUUUUGAUGGUUAAAGCUGUGAAGCCCAUGUGACUGCUCAUUAGCAGAGUCAGCUGAGUUCCUACUAAUUGACAAUGAGGCAGCAGUGAAUGUGAUGCUGCUUUGUUUGUUAUUGAUUUAGAUUUUUUUUAUGCAACUAAUUUAAUUCAGAGUAGAUAAGAUUUUUUUAAAAUCCUUUUAUGACUAACUGUAUAUUUAUGUUAACCAUGUGAUAACCUCUGGAACACAGCGUAGACGGUGUAUGACUUAGAAUUCAUUUGCAGUGUUUAAACAUUCCGAUUCCCUGUGGCUUGUGGUUUGAAAUGAGACACAAUAACAUCAACACAUCUGCACAGGUCAGGUUGUGUUACUUAUGUUUCCAUAAAUGCAUGACAGGCAUAUCAGCAACAGUAUUAUUGCUGAAAACAGUCAUGUUGUAUUCGGUUAGAGAUGCAAAAUACACUGAAUAAUAAUAGUAAUGAUAAUAAUAUUUCUUAAUCAUCAUUUGUAGACCAUGUUACAAGAGCUUAAUGCAGGGAAGCAAAUAAAAAUGAUAUGUAUUACUGUUUAUGUCAAUGAUGAGGUACAGAGUGUAGAAGCGAACAGCUUAUGCCUCAGCAUCAACCAGGUCUGAACGGGGCCUGUGUUUUUCCAAAGUCUCACUCUCAUUUUAAAGUCAUGUUGGCCAAUCAAAAUGAUUAUGAUUAUCAUUUUAAGUGGCUGAAUACUGUGGUUCUCUAGAUAAAGCUUGUACAAUGGUGAACUUCAGACAGAAGUUCUGUUUAUAGUGAGACACCAUCACAUUCCAGGAUUGUCUGAGACACUUGACAUCCACUUACGUUGUCAUUUUUAUGAAAUAUCCUUUACUCUAUGAUUAAUCAGAAAUGCUGGUGAGCUUCUUCUGGUCUCUUUGAACCAGAUGGAGGCUUCGUUGCAUUACCUUUAGGUUCCUAUUAAGGAUUUAGAGCUUUUGAUGCACUGUUUAGAUUUGAUUUUAGCUUACACUGAUGGUUUAUCCCUGAGUCAUUAUUUUGUUAUUCACACGUAUUGACCUUUUUGUCAUGUUGCAUUUCAUUUGAGCUGCAUUCCAAGACUUGUAUGUGUAUAUGCUCCUAUACAUAAUGAAGAAAACAUCUAGAAACUCCUCACAAGUCUGAUCUGUUUUGUUAAAAAAUGCUAUUAAAAAUGUGCACAUGGAGAGUUUA